UAUCGAUUUCUGUUUUUUCGUACGGUGCCGACUUCAACAAGUUACAUUGUGCUCUAAAUAAAAGUUUAUAAUUAGUAUAUAUUCAAAUUAUUAUUAUUCUUGUCGACAAAAUGAGUGACAAUAAAUUUAAACCGAAACGCAAGAAGUACUUUUCUUCGAACCUAAUGAUGAAGAAACGCCGAGACUUAUGCUUACAGCCAGGCUUCAAAGGGUUCAUUUCGACCACGAACGGUAAUGAAAAACAAUGUAUUCGAGAAUCUUACAAUAUUCUCAACGAAUACGCGGAUAAAAUCUACGGAGAAGAGAAUAAGGUUGAAGAGAAAGAGAAACCGGAGUCCAGCGAUGAGAAGAAGGAUAUCAUGGACGACUUUCAAAGUGAAAUUGAAAGCUUGAAGGCUCAGACUCCCAAAAGUGGCGAUAGGAGAUUUCAGGCAGUCGAUACAGGCAUCAUUAAUUGUAUUUUCAUCAAGACCAACCUAGAUGAUCCUGUCACUUUAAUGGAUCUCGUCGUGAAAGAUCUAUCUGAGACGAAGAUGGUAAAAACUCGGUUCCUGAUACGUAUGAUUCCUGUCGAAGUCACUUGUAAAGCGUACAUCGACGAGGUUAAAAAAGCUGCCGGACCAUUACUCGAUAAAUACUUCAAGGGCGAACCUACUACGUUUUGUCUUGUGUUCAAUCGACGCCAUAAUAACAACUUGGAUCGUGACGUCGUCAUUAAAGAGCUCGCCGAUAUGGUUUCCAAUAUUAAUGAAGACCAUAAAGUCAACUUGACCAGUGCUACUCUCACAAUCGUUGUCGAAGUAAUGAAAAACAUAUGCGCUCUUUCGGUAAUUCGCGACUACUUCAAAUACUGUAAAUACAACCUUUUCACCAUCUGCGGUGUGGAAACACCGACCAAUGACAAAAAUAAAAAAUCCGACCCGGUGAAAAGCGACGACCCCAAUGUCACAUCUACAUCUAGUGCGGUAGAGACACCUAAAAAUACUACUGAAACAGAACCAGUUCCUAAAGUCGAAGCGUCUGAAAGUACUACUGAAACUGAAACAGUUCCUGAGGUUGAAACAGGCAAGCCUUCUGAACCAGAUACAGAAGAUGCUCAAUGUAAAGGCGAACCUGCUCCUGCUAAAGCAGAAACUACAGUUCAUAGUUCCACUGCGGAGGAAAAACUGUGAUGAUGAGAAGUGAAAUUUCGUAUUUUUAUUAUAAUUCGUUUUCAUUUAUUAUUAUUAUUUUUUUUGCAAACUUUCGAGUUGAUUUUGUUUUUUUUUCAUGAUAGUUUUUUUCGUUUGACCAUUUUCUUAUGACCGAUUUUUGUUUUUAAAUGAACAUUUUUUUCACUCCAAA